CACGCACUUGGCUCUCUUGGCGUAAAGCUCGUGUGAAUUUGCUCGGUUUGCUACUCGGUUUGUGUCAAAUUAUAACGCGUCACGAUUGGGGAGAUUAACGGAUGAUAUUUCGUUAAUAAUUGUGACAUACGAGAAAACGAUUAUUACCGUAGGUUCGGAGUGACUUGAAAGCUGCAGAUAAAUCGUAGGUUGAUGUCCCCCGUCCCCUGAGGGAAGACAACAUCAACUAAACUCACAUCAAAAUGACGAUAAUCACAAAGGCAAUUACUGAGAAGAAGGCCGCGACUAUUGUAGAGGUGCCAUUGGUGGCCGACGAUGUUCCUGAGCCGGAGCAAGCUAAAGAUGAUCCCAAGGGUGAGUUUUCCACAAUUCCAAGACCGAAUCGCUAUGUGCUACAAUGUCAUCCAAGAGCAAAGCUUCUCACUUCAUUGACUACUCUAUGUCUCUUAAUGACUGCUCUUAUUGUCUUGAGUAUUGGAAUCAUCGGAGGAACCUACAUAUACAGCUCUUAUGCAAGAGACCAAAUGCAAAGAUUCCGCGGAUGGUGCGAUAUUCCAUACUACGAUGCUAAUAAAGCCUACCUGAAAGAUGCUCUUGAUAAUCGUCAGGGGAUGAUUGCGGAACCAAUGCGGUUGCAGGAGGAUGCUGCUAUAUUUGCUGAAAAAACAAUGGAAGUAGAAAAAAAUAUCAACAACUUUUUGAAGGAAAGAUUAGAAAUCGAUCUUGAGAAUCAGGAUUAUGAAAAAAUUUAUGUCCCAGAUCUGAGAGGUGGACGUCAAGGACGUUACAUUCAUGACUUCAAUGCUAAAAAAACGGGGAUCAUCGAUAUAGAAGGUCAUCGGUGCUUUGUAAUGCCAUUGGACCCAGAUCAAGUCCUACCACCUCGUAGUUUGUACGAUCUCGUCAACAAAAUGUACAGAGGCUAUUAUCAAGUUGACACUGAAGUUGUGCGUGAGACAAUGAAAGUUGUCACCCCACGCAUCACAGAUCUUUCCAAAUUGGGAACUUACAUAGCUCGAGAGUGUCGCGACCUGCCAACAUAUAAACUGGAGAAGGUCGUAAACAGCGUUGAAAAACGAAGCAUAGCAGGCGCAACCUUUGUUCAGUUCUCUGGCAAAAACGUCUUGGAAUUGGAUAUUAUGAAUUUUGAUGAGCUUCAGGCUUAUGAAGAAAAAGAACGUACAGCGCAAUUAGUAAAAUAGGGUUUAAAAUAUCCCAAGUGAAAUUUGUCCUUGCUAGAUUAAAGAGAACUAGUCUAGUUUUGACUUCAAGUUAAAUAUUCAUAGAUGUUAUACAUACAUACAUACGUAUACAUACAUGUUAUAAUAUUAAAAGGGUCUCAUAAUUAUCAUAAUUAUUAGUAUUAUUAUUAGUAUUAUUGUUGUCAUUACCAUCAUCAUCGUGACUGUCUUAAAUCGUUGCAGUGUUCUAAAUAAAAACUGUCCAGGUUUUUCGAUAUUAAUAACUUCUGGAAAUCUUACAACAUAAGUACGUAAUCAAUUAUAUUGAGCCAUUCUUGGCAACACUUCUUUACUUCUAAUUGUAAGUACAUCAUCAACUCUGGCAUGAAAAAGAGAAUUGAAGCUUCCAGACAACAAAUUCCAAAUAUUCAACUACCAUUUUAACAUGGCGUACCUAAAAUAGAGAAAAUUCGUCAAACACAAAUGAGGAUUAUAUCUAUAGCCUUUUGUGUAAUGGAUAUUAUGUUUAAAAAUAAAAAUUACCAUAAAAGAAA